CACUGUCAGUCUAAACUAUCAGACCAGGGUCCCAAACCUGGUUUACAAGAAUGGACAUUUUAAGAACCACAGUUUUGACUUUUGGAAUAGUUUGAAGAACCACUUAUUGAACCACUUAUUAUAGUCUGUUCUAGCAUCCCUCUUGUGUAUUUUUUUUCUCAGCUUCAUCCCUGUCUCUCUCCUUCACCCCUCUCCUGCAUAUCCCACUCCCUCUCGUUCUCUCUCCCUCUCCCCUCUUUUCUUUCUUCUUUGCUCGGCUUUUCCUGGACUGAUUUAUUUGGCCCGGUGCAGCAGAGCUAGUGGGAAAGCACCAGGCUAUAUUUGUCGGCUGCUGAGGUUGGACCUGCUUCAUGGUGGAUGACUUUGGAACUUCUGUUUGGGUUUACCUGCUCACACCUGCGCCUCCUGCCUACUCAGCAUCUGCUUUGCUCUGAAUAAGGAACUAGUGAGACCCUUUGUUUGGUAGUUUCAUAUCCCUGAAUUCUACUGUCAGGAUAAAUGGACUUCACCUGUGAAGCAUUUCUCUCAGUCCCUUAUCAUUGGAGCUAAAGCACUGAAUUGGAUCUAAAGCUCCCACCAAACUUUGCAGCUCAACCUCAUUGCCAACAGAAGCCUUAAGUUUUCAGAGUGACUUCUCAUUGGGUGACAAGGCCACCUUGGUCAAGAGUGCUUCAGAUACAGAUGCCAAACUUCUGGCUGUCCUUCCCAAGGUUUCAGAGUUGAAGAAACACUUUGAGGGAGCUGUCACAAAGGAUUUGGGCAUGAACAGGAAGGAGAGGAUAGCGCGACGCCUGGAGGGGAUUGAAAGUGAUGCUCCACCUGCACUGGUGCCCGGUGGUUUGGUAGCCAACAGAAUGCUGGAGGAGGAUCCCCCGCGGUACACCCGCGCCUCAGAUCCCUUGAGGCGCUACAGUCGAGAGGAGCUGGAGGCACCCCAGAAGCAGCUGUCAUCAUUAGACAAAUCACCUCAGGUCAAAGGUGGUCUUGGCAGCAGCCGUCCAGAGCCAGUGUUGGUGUACGUUGACCCAAUAACAUUAUCCAGCUCCUCUACACCCACAUCUGGACCCACAGACCCCACCAGCCUCAGUUCCAAGGCUGAACGCAUCGCCCGCUAUAAAGCAGAGCGCCGCCGCCAGCUGUCAGAGCGUUAUGGCAUCCUCCUGGAUCAGGAGGCAGACAUCGAUUACACACCACGCUACCGUUCCCGGCGUGAUCCAGAUGCCUCUGAUCGACAAACGUCUACCCGGCAAGACAGACGGGAAGCGGAGGAACAAGGGCGGGAGCCCAGAGUGCCAUAUCGCGCUGGAGUGGGCAGGGUUUACAUGAGGACUCACCCAGAUCCUGCCCCUGUUUCCACCUCCAGCCCCGCCCACUCAAACCAAGCCCCUCCCCCCACACAAGAAAGACCAAGAGGAUUCUCGGAGCGGGAAAUAGUGAUGAACAUGGAGAACUACCGGCGCGGUGGGGCUCAAGAGCGCUCAAUCACUUCUAGAACCAGAACCCAAGAGCAGCAUCCGCCCCAGGCCCAUCAGCAGCAGCAACCCCAUCACCACCAGGAAGACGCCCACCAGGAGCCAAGCCCCGCCUCCACCAGGGAUUACAGCAUCGCAGCAGUGCCCAGCUCCCCUCGCACUGCCCGUCGGGCCUCCCUGCCCUCCACUCGCUACGGCAUCUCACCUGGGGAUUUAUUCAUAGAGCAGCAGGCCCAGAGCAUCCUCAACAGGCAGGGAAUCCGAGUAAGGGAACGAUUGUCCAGGGAUGAAACUGUCCAGAGGCCCCCAGAUUUGAGUCCAGACAGGCUCCAGGCUAACAGACAUCGUACUCAGGGGAACACUGCUCAGUAUACGCCACAGCGCUCAGAACCCACCCAGCAAAGGACUGUUCUCCAGCCUCAGCACAGCCCAGGCCACCAUCCUGCCCAUGGCCAAACAACCUACCCUCCCUCCACUCCUGAGUACCAACACUCUGGCCCUGCUGUGGACACUCAACCCUAUUUGGCCAUCCCUGCCCCAGUGGCCACUGCCAAACUUUCUGGACCCCCUGAAGUACAACCACGAAGGAAAGUGAGUGCUGACCAAAUCUAUGCCACCCACAAGGAGGCAAGAUUGGAGGCCAGACAGGCCCUGAAAGAAGAGGCCCAUACAGAGGGCCUGCUUAAGAGCAGGAAAGCUGUGUUGCCCUCAGAGAUCCGCCGAAGGGAAAGAAGUGUGGAUGAUACUCAUAGGGGCCGGCACGAAGACACGGACUGGCAGAACUACAGCCCAGAAUGGAGGAGGAUGAGUCGAGGCGAGGAAGACUGGGAUAGGGAGAGGCCGAGGGAGAGGGGGAGGGAGAGAAAUGUCGAGAGGAUCAGAGAAAGAGGGAGGGAGCAUCUCUCUAGCCAUGACAGCCAAGAGGAGAGAGUAUCUAGAUCUAUGCAGCCUUCCCACACCUCUGUACACCAGCAGCCCAGGCAACAUCAGUCUUCAGAGCCUGUGUACCAUCAAGAGCCCCAAAUUCUGCAGCAAGAGUCUCCAAUGCAACAACAGUGUGAACCCAGAAAGAGACAACAUGGUGCUCAAAUUCGACAGCAAGAUCCUCAAAGGCAGCAUCAGUAUGACCACUCAAGACAGCCACAAGAGCCUCAAAGACAACUGCAGUCUCAAAGACAGCAGGAGUAUGAGCCCCAAAGACAAGAGCCUCCAAGUCAGAAGCAAAACUCCCAGAGAAAACAACAAGAGCCCCAACUAGAUGAAGACUUUGAGCCUCAGAGGCAGCAGCAGCAGGAUCCAUCAGGGCACCAGAGGUUUGACUCUGCCGUCUACCUCCAAAAGGGCUCCUCUCUGCCUCAGGCCAAACAAAGAAGCAUGGAGAUAAGCGGAGGGCCCAAACCGAAGAUACGAACCCGCUCCAUGUCAGAUAUAGGUGUAAGCCAGCAUUCUGCCAUGUAUCGUAUGGAGAGGGCAGCGGCCAGCAGAGAGACAUCGAGGGCCAUCCCUCCAUCAGGGAUGGCUAAUGGGGAGAGCACCCUAGACACCAGGGUGUCAGUAGCACAGCUGCGGCACUCUUAUCUGGAGAAUGCCAACCGGAAACCUGAGCUUGAGACUACUAAAAUAGAUCUGUCAGCAAUGGAGGUAGAUCCGGUUAGCGGCAGUGAUCGGGACAGGGGUGCUCGGAGGCCUAGACGCUACAUCACUCCAGGAGACAGUCGCAUGUCGGAGAGGUUUAGGACCCAGCCCAUCACCUCUGCAGAGCGGCUGGAGUCUGAUAGGUCUCGUCUAAGCCCAACACAGCUACAGGAUGCCGAAGAUGAAGAAAAACUGGAUGAGAGAGCCAAGAUGAGUGUGGCUGCCAAGAGGUCUCUCUUCAGGGAGCUGGAAAGGACAUCAGAAGGAGGUGUUCCCAAACCGCGCUCUCGAAAUGCUGCUGUAGAAAGGCGUUUGAGAAGAGUUCAGGAUCGCUCACACACACAACCCGUAACCAACAAGGAAGUGGUCAAUGCUUCCAGUGAUCCUGCCACAGCAUCACAACCUCUGGGCAUUCACACUAAUGUAACUCGCGUCCCCAGCCCAACUGUAAUCAGCACCAAUGUGACUAGCAUCAGCAUCCAGGCCUCCUCCCAGCCAGGCUCAGCAGUCCAGGAUCAGGAGACGGAGACCCAGGAGCACCAGAAACCAGCUCAAGCUCCCACUGCUAGGGUGGAGGGAGAUGGCCAGGAGCCUGUGUCCAACGAGCCUGACCUGUCCACCCUAAGCUUGGUUGAGAAGAUGGCCCUCUUCAACCGCCUCGCUCAGGCUACAGGCAAGACAGCCGAGGGGGCCCGAGGAGACACCCGCCAGCGCAGGGCCAACGCCCGGUUUCAGACUCAACCCAUUACCCAGGGAGAGGUGGAGCAGGAAGCUGAGCCGCCGGUAACCUCUGCGGUGUGUAACGGUGACUUAGAGGCCAAUCAGGGAGAACAUCUGAAAAACGGAGGUGAGAUCAAACUGGAGCCCCUGUCAGCCUCCCUGGUCCGCUCUGUGGCAGCCGUCACCUCCCAGGCCUCCGUCACCACGGUAACCAUCACGCCCGGCAGCAGCGGCGUCGGAGAUGAUGACGGCCUCCAUCCUGGGAAGUCCACCGCCGUGCCCUACAUCCCUGCCCAACAACAGGCUUCCAGCACCACAAGCAGCCACCAGGAGAGGGCGUUGAGGUAUUUCUCCAUGACCCAGAGCGGGGACCCAGGCCACCCUGAGCCUGAGCUCAACUCCUCCCCUCUCCUCCCCGAGAGCCGAGAGAGAGUGGGGGCUCCUCUUGCUCCCACCUCUUCUGCUGGACACAGGCGGCAGAGGGAGGCGGUGGAGGAGGGCUGGAGAGAGUGUCAGGAGGAGGAGGUUAGGGGGAGACAGCAGGGAGGAGCCAGAGAAGAGAGCCAAGACGGCAGCAUUAAGGGAAAGCCGCACUCCCCCGACAGGGACCAGGACAGUAGGCAGCGGCAGCAGCAUCCCCAGCCUCAGCACUCUGCCGAGCCCUCUUUGUGGAGGGGUGAGUCAGAGCCUCUGCCCAGCUGGAGAGCCGCAGACGGAGACUCCCAGGAUCGAGCAGAGGGAGGAGGAAGUGGACGAGGAGGCUACCUGAGAGAGGCAGCUCACAGCUCCUCCACACAGGAGCAGGAGAGGAGCAGCGGCCGGAGCCAGGCUGGUAUUUCAGUCUUGCCAGAUCAUCCUGUGCCACUGAGGCCACUGAUAGCUAAAGUGUCAUCCAGGACAGUGUCUCAAGUUUCAAGCAGCCAGCAGCAGCAGCAAACCAACAUCCAGCCUCCUCAAACUCUUCCCAAACCCUUCACACAACAGUCUCCUACAACCCAACCCAAACCUCCAUCCGACAUCCAGGUCCAGCCAUACUCCCAGCCCUCCCAGCCCCCACCAACAUACCCCAAACCUUUCACUAAGUCCCCACAAACCCAGCCCAAACCUCAGGGAUUCGUCCAGCCUCUCCCUAAGCCUUACCUGCAGACAGCCCCCCAGCCUCAGCCCAAACCCCAGGUGCCUCCACAGACACCACCCAAACCCCAGUCCUUCCCCCAGGCACUGAUCAAGUCCCAGUCCCUGCCCCUGGACCACAGUGAGGACUUCAGCAGGCACAGUGUCCAUUCUGGGGAUCUGCUGUCCCCUACAGAGUCUGGAGAGCUACUGUCUGACAGCAUGUCCACCAAACAGAUGUCCAUCAGGGAGAGAGUGGCACUACUGAAGAAGAGUGGUGAGGAGGACUGGAGGAACAGGAUCAAUAAGAAACAAGAAGUGGUUCAGGUAGCGUCCACCGAGCAGCAGGCUCAGCUAUGGGAGACAGAGCAGACCUGCCAGAAGAAGGAGGAAGGGGUGGUCGUUCAAGAGUACUGCGCUGUCUCUGUUUCUGAACAGCUGUGGGAACCUGUCUUCUCUUCCACCUUUUCUCCUCCUAUCUCCCUUGGCCAAAAGUGUCAGUAUAUUGACCAUCAUAGUCAGAAGGUGGGAGAGGAGAUCGAGGCCAAGAUGACCAUUGAGGAGAGAAAAAAGAUGAUUUCGAUUCGUGAGGAUGCCUGGAAGACAAAGGGCAAAGGAGCAGCCAAUGACUCCACCCAGUACACUGUGGCUGCACGUAUGGUCAAGAAAGGCCUGGCAGCCUCCUCCUCAGUUAUCAGUCCCAUCCUGUCACCGGUCUCUACCAAACUCAAGAGCAGCACGCCUGCUGUCAACAAACCACAAGAGGAAAUUGAGGCCAGACCAAACAUGGAAUUGGAUAAGAAGCUAGACAAGUUGGAGAGCUUCUUGGGACGUCUGAAUAGCAAAGUGGCAGGUCUGCAGGAAACCACCAUAACAGUUACCGAGAAGGCAGUAAAGGAAGUGAUGAAGCUGGAUGACGAAAUCUUCUCCAAGUUCUACAGACGCGUUGCUGAAUUUCCACGCAUGCCCACCAGGAUCGACAUCAACGAGGAUUUUGACACCAUCUUUGGUUCUCAGGGUCCCAAGUUGACUUCGGCCAUGGUGCAGCAUAAGCGGUCAGUGCGUCCGUCCAGGAACGUCCAGUCGUCGAGAAACCCUCUGAAGAUGCUGGCAGCCAGAGAAGAUAUCAGACACGAGUACACCGAGCAGAGAUUGAAUGUGGCACAGCUUGAGAGCAAGAGGAUAAAGGCUGAGAAGAGUGAGUUGAAUAAAACCUCUGAGUACUCUGAGGCUGCUCUGGCAGGUCUGGCCAGUAAAGAAAACUUCACCAGUGUGAGUCUGCGCAGCGUCAACAUCUCAGAGCAGAUGUCCAACAACAGCGCCAUGCCGUACAAGAACCUCAUGCUGAUACAGAUCAAAGGUCGUCGUCACGUUCAGACCAGAUUAGUGGAGCCGAGAGCAUCAUCACUAAACAGCGGCGACUGUUUCCUGUUGGUCACUCCAGAGCACUGCAUCGUCUGGAUAGGAGAGUUCUCAAAUGUCAUCGAGAAGGCUAAGGCAAUAGAUUUGGCUACCUUUAUCCAGACGAAGAAGGACAUGGGCUGCAGAGCGAACCAGGUGCAGACCAUCGAGGAAGGGGUCAACCCACAGGGUCCAGAUACCCAGCAGUUCUGGACGAUCCUAGGAGGACAGACUGCUUACCAACCAUCAGGUCCACCAGAAGAGGAUGAGCAGUUUGAAAAUGCCAUUGUGGAAACCAACUGUAUCUUCAAACUGCUGGAUGACAGACUGGUUCCCGAUGAUGACGAGUGGGGGAAGGUCCCUCGCACCUCUCUGCUGGCGUCCACGGAGGUGCUGGUGUUUGACUUUGGCAGUGAGGUGUAUGUGUGGCACGGUAAAGAGGUGACUCUGGCCCAGAGGAAAGUGGCCUUCCAGCUUGCCAAACACCUUUGGAACGGGAUGUUUGACUACACCUGCUGUGACAUCAACCCACUGGACCCUGGAGGCUGCAACGCACUCAUACCCAGGAAGGGCCAGGGCCGUCCUGAUUGGGCGAUAUUUGGCAGGCUGACCGAGCACAACGAGACGAUCUUGUUCAAGGAGAAGUUCAUGGACUGGACCGAAGCAAAGUCACCAACACCAAAGGAAGGCGGCGAGCUUGUACCUGAGCAGAAGGAGGCCCCGGGGCGAGAAUGCCGGCCUUACGACGUCGCCCUGAUGCUGCCCAUCCUCCAGUCGGCCAUUUCCACCAUCUUAGAUGGCGUAAAUGUUGGCCGCGGCUAUGGCCCGGUGGAGACCGAGGACCACAUGAGGACUCAGGAGAUCAGCACAGUUUCAGUGGACGUCUGGCACAUCCUAGAGUUUGACUACAGCCGUCUGCCACGCCAGAGCAUCGGCCAGUUCCAUGAGGGAGACGCAUACGUAAUCAAGUGGAAGUACAUGGUCAUCACCUCAGUUGGUCGUAGGCAGAACCCUGAGGCGAGGAGUAGCGGGCCGGGGAAGGAGAAAUGCUGCUACUUCUUCUGGCAGGGUCGACACUCCACCGUCAGCGAGAAAGGAACGUCAGCGCUGAUGACGGUGGAGCUGGACGAGGAAAGAGGGGCACAGGUCCAGGUGCAGCAAGAAAAGGAGCCUCCAUGUUUCCUGCAGUGCUUCAACGGAGGGAUGAUCGUCCACGCUGGCAAGAGGGAGGAGGAGGAGGAGAACACUCAGAGUGAGUGGCGUCUGUACUGUGUGCGGGGCGAGGUGCCGGUGGAAGGCCACCUGCUGGAGGUGGCGUGUCACUGCAGCAGCCUGCGCUCCAGAGCCUCCAUGAUCCUGCUCAACAUCAACAAGGCCAUCAUCUACCUGUGGCACGGCUGCAAGACGCAGCUACACACUCGCAGUGUUGGAAACACGGCCGCACUCAAGAUCAAAGAACAGUGUCCACUGGAGGCGGGUCUCCACAGCAGCAGUAAGGUGACCAUCCAUGAGUGUGAUGAGGGAGUGGAGCCUCCGGGCUUCUGGGAGGCACUGGGCAGAAAAGACAGGAAGGCCUAUGACUGUAUGCUGCAAGAUCCAGGUAAAUUCAACUUCACCCCACGGCUUUUCCAGCUGAGCAGCACAUCUGGAGAGUUUAUGGCGACUGAGUUCUUCCACCCGUCCAGAGCUCCAGACCUGGUCAGCUCACUGCCCUUCCUGCAGGAAGACCUGUACAACGCAACACAACCUGCGUUGUUCCUGGUGGAUAACUUCCAUGAGGUUUACCUGUGGCAGGGCUGGUGGCCUCAGGACAGUGAGAGCACCGGCUCGGCUCGUAUGCGCUGGGAUGCAGACAGAAAGUGUGCGAUGGAGACCGUGCUGCAGUACUGCAAAGAGAAGAACGAGAAGAAGCCUUUGAAGUCGUAUCUGAUCCACGCCGGUCUGGAGCCGCUCACCUUCACCAACAUGUUUCCCAGCUGGGAGCACAGAGAGGACGUGGCUGAGAUCACAGAGAGGGACUUCAUGCAGUGUCCUCUCCUCUGGCUGCAGGAGGCGGAGGUGUGUAACCAGAUCAUCCUGGUGGAGGACGUGCUGGCCCGGCUCUGUCAGAACACCUUCCCUCUGGCUCAGCUGCAGGCCCGGCCACUCCCAGAGGGAGUCGACCCACUCCGCCUGGAGAUCUACCUGUCCGACCAGGACUUUGAGAAAGCUUUGGAAAUGAAGCGAGAGGAAUACGAAAGUUUACCAGGGUGGAAGCAAGUGAAUUUAAAGAAGGCCAAAGGACUGUUUUAAGGAAGUUUUUAAUCGAAGAUGGUGCGCGAAGCGGAUAAAAAGUGGACAAUUGAGAUGGAGACACAGGAAAUGUCACAUAAACCUGUUUUGGUGGUAAAAUGCGAGGACAUUGGGAUAGAAAUUCAAAAUGUCUGAAUCUGAAGAAAACGUACAUGAAGGAUGAGACUGGAGAUGCACUCGCCUUGCUUAUAGCCAUGUUUUACCUUUCAACUUUGUCAAUACAUAACAAAAUUAAAUUCAGUGGUUUAAGAGAAGGUAAAAAACACCUUGCUUUGGUUCAUACAUGGUGUUUGUGUGUAUUUGGAGUCUCCCCCAAACUCAAGUCACCGCUCAUGGACUUUGCGAAAGAAAAUGUGCACACUAGGACGCUUGGUGUCAGAGUGCCAUGCUAUGUAUGUGUGUGCGAUUGUAUAUAAUGUUUGUACGUGUGUGUGUAUGUAAUGUUUGUUUGUGUAAAUGUGUGUGUAGGUGCGUUUGUGACUUUGUAUCUAUGUAAAAACAAAUCCUGUCACGUCAGAUGUUGUGAGGAAAGUUUUUUUUUUUGUUGUCUACAGUGUCUGGAUGCUAUCAGGCCACGUAGGUAACUCAUGUUGCUCGACUGUGUUAAACUUGCUUAAGUGACUCUGACUUACUAAGCUCCUGAGAGCAGAGAUGUAAGAGUUGUAAUUUAAAGGUUUGACUUCUAUGAGAAGGAGAAGCAGCAGCUUGAUGAUUCUGAAUGUAUAGUGCCUUGCUUUUUGUGUACAGUUUAUAUACAGAAAUUCUAGUCUGCAUUUUUAAAGACUUUCUUUGAGAUAUAAGACAUAGUGAAUUAAAUCACAAUAAUGCUCAACUCAAA